AAUCAUAGCAACCAGCAUGGCGACGGAGAAGCUUUGCUCCUCCGCCCAGCUUCUUAUAAGCUAGUUUUAGGCUGUUGCCUUUCCGGUACUUGAUUAUCUUUCAGCGUUAACAUGUUUACAGUUAAGUACACUGUUGUUUCCGGAUGUAUCCAAGCUCUGCCGUUGCUUCUCCAGAAUCUUUCGUCGGAAAAUGGGAUACGAUGAAUUUAACAUUACCAUGGAAUCGAGAAUAGGGAGUGUAUCAUCUGGAUUGGGGUGCAGUCUUGGUGUGAGAGGACAACAUUUAAAAAGUAGCCCUUUCUGCACUCCCUCCUCCAGCAAAUUGACACAGUCCAUCAUUAAAGAUCACAUGGUGUCUCAUUACAAAAAGGUCUACUCAGCUAAAGCUGCCAUUGAUGUCUCAGUACCCAAAAGCUUGAUACACAGUGUCAAGUACAAUGACCAGAUCCGACAGGAGCGGUUGAGGAAAGGGGGGCGUCCUCAGUCGGCCCACUCUCUCUCACAGACGAAUAGCAGAGCCUCCUGCUCUUCAUCCCAGAGUAGAUUAUCUGUGCAAUAUGAUGACAGCCCCUACCUCUGCGCAAGGAGUUCCACAGUCUCCAGCCCAAGAUUCAUCUCCUCCUUCCAUGCCAAGGAGAUAGUUUAUCCAUCGUUUAAAGUUGGGUCUCAGAACCAUUCUCAUCACAUUCGGCCAGCAUCAGAAAUAAAAUACCAUAGCCCGGAGGCAACAUCACACAGGAAGCAGUCAGCGUGUUCACUGGGAGCUUCAGGAGAUCAGAGUUACUACAAGACUUUCCAGGACCCGGUCCAGAAGACGUACAGCGGAGACUUGCUCCAGAAACAUUCACAGCACUUUACCCAUGACAAACCUUUCACCCCUAAGACCCUGAAAUCAGAAAAGAGUUCAUACCUGUCGCAAUAUCGCUACUACAGAGCACCACGGAGGAAACCUACUCAGGAUAGCACCAACUCAAGGUUAAUGCGACAGGAGACGUAUCAUGGAAGCACAAAAACCAAGGAAUGCCCACAGGACAUUUCUGAGCCAUCUCAGGGAUUUAAUACAGAGCAUGAGUGGUCUGAAGAUGAGUUCAAUGGCACAUAUUUCUCAGCAUCUCGGCAACAGAGUCAAGCAAACCAGAGCAGAGAACAUGAUCUUUUUGACUCCUCAUCCAGGUUCUCGCCAAAAGGCAGGAAAUCUCCCAUUAUGAAGAGUGUAUCUGCAGAGGAAGAAGAAUUAAUGUACCUUGAAUUCAUUUCUGCGGUAACAGAGGACAUAUUGUCCAGGGCGUACAUCUCUGACAGGUUCCUAGACCGGGUGAUAAAGCGCCAUAUCGACAUGAAUCGGCAUCACCUUGAUGUGGGUAAAAUGCGCCAUCUUCUGGAAGUUCUACGUAAAGAUUUUGAAGAGUCAACCAACACGCCCACCUCUAGUACGGAGCCUGAAAAAAAGGAGAAUGAUCUACUUGAUUCGUUCCUACCACAUCUGGAAUCAGGGGGGGAAGAAGUGAAGACCAAAAAGGACAGUGGCCUGUUCCCAUAUGCAUCAAUAAUCGAACACUGCAAUACGGCAGAUUAUGCUGACCCCCUAUUGGUCUCGACACCUUUAUGCUCUCCUGAGACGACUGCGGUCUCACCAAUUAAAGCAAAUGAAGAGGAAGGAGUAGAUGACAAUCGGGAGAGGGGCAUUGGCUCUCCAUGGCUCGGUGAGCCUGUUUCUGAUAAUGCAGGAAUCGGUGACGAGGAUCCUCAAACUCAAAUUGGCACUACAAGCAAAGAAGUCAGCGAUGAAAACCAUGAAUACAAUACUAUAACCAGUGAAGAAAGAGUCCAUCGAGACCAAGCUGAAGUCAGUUAUGAUGGACAAACUAAAGAGCUUGAGGAUCUGGGGAGAAGUUUGUCAGAGUCGCUUCAUGUGUCUAGCAAUACACACCAAGACAAUGCGGAGACGGCCACUGAGCAACAUACAGAUACGGUUGCCUCGGUCAGCGAUGAUGAAUUCUGAGCUUUGCGGUAUUCAGAGUUUGAUGGUCCUUUUUAAUGUUUUUCUUACCAAGUGAGUAUUUUCCGAUAGAGAAAUGUAAUGAAAAUUAAAAUGUCUGAAAGUGUAGUUUUGUAAAUGUGAAUUAACACGAGUUGUGUUUCCCAUGUUUUAAAAGCCCCACCCAUAUGGUGCUGUAGUUCUAUUCUGCUUUUAAAAAUAUUUGUACAUAAGCACGGCAUUUUCAUAUAACAGGGUUUUUGCAAGUACACCAGAGAAACAUACUAACCGUAGUGUAAUGCUCGAUAUAUUUUCUAAAUUAUGGGAACUAGUAUGAUUAUCAACUUUGCAAAGGAUAGCCCAUCACACCUACACUGAUGUCAUAAAGUGGGAUUAGUGGUAUCCUUUAGUUUGAGUGGAUUGCAGUGGUAUCCCCAGGCAGUUUUAAGUAUGUGUGCAGCUGCUGUUUACAUUUCCAGAUUUCUAGAAGAAAUGCUUUUGUUCUAAGGAAACUUCAAUUUUUCAGUGUUUGACUUGACAUAUGCCUCUGAGAUGUAGCUAGGAGUUGACUGUUGCCAGAAAGUGUCUUUACAACUGCAAUAAAUCUUCUAUUCUUGUGA